GUGAAGAGAUGGUAAAGUCGUUCUAUUGGUCGUCCUCGUGGACACAAGCAACGGAAGAGAGUUGUUGCUGUUGUCUUCACAUUAGAGUGGGCACCAGGGUGCAUCACAAACACCGAGCCACGCGAGCAACUAACAGUCGCAAGACACAUAACGUUCGGAACUCGGAACACAUGAUGACAGACAGCACGGAACGCGUGACAACUUGCCAAAGAUACCACUACCGGAGAUACCCCGAAGAUCCAAAUGACCGAUGGACGGCCACGUACUUGCGCACUUACAUAGCUCAAAACUACACGUGAGUACUACCGCAGUAGUAGUAGUAGCCUUCGUAGGGAUGGCAUAAUCCACCUCACGAACACAUAGUAUCAAUGUCCCGGCGGUGGCAAAAAAAAAAAAAACUCCCGUGACGUGAUGACGGCUUUUCCCUCCACAUACACGAAUAUCGCGAAGAGUCCCCUGAACCUCCCCCCGCGGCUUGGCUCUACGCCUCUGUUGAGUUUCAUGAUGAGUAAACGACUGAACGGUCUUGGAAAGAAGGUACUUCGUCUCACGGUACUCGCCACCCCUUCCCUUCGCGUACAAAUAGGAUCGAACGUUCCCCAAGCGAGAGACACACCCGUAGCCAUUUGACCACCCUGUGAACGGCAGAAAGGUGAACCGGCUGCAAGGUCUAUGCUGAACACCCUGGACAGGGUCCACCCUGCCAGGGUGGCCCGAAUCGCACUUUGCAAGCAAUCUGCGGCCGCGAUUUCAGUAUGGUGUCUGUACUGGUACACUAUUUUUUUAAUUUACCAUCGCGAUCGCGGGACUGUUUUCUUUGCGUUCAUGUUCGUUCAUCGCCUCGUCGCCAAACCGUGCGAAAUACAGAACGCGCCGCCACUUGAAGAACUUGAGCCUAAAAAAAUCCAAAAUCUAAGAACUUGGCUUUCAAGGCAAGCAGGAUAUCUACACUUAAACCUAUAUAGUCGCUAUGGUGGUAACCCGUAGACAAAACAAGAAAUACGCCUCGGCCAAAAAAAGAGGUUCAGUGGUGGCGCGGUCUGCACCCGCUUUGAUCCACGACUGUCUAGCAAAACACGACAUUUGAACCAUGAUACUAAUUACAAAGCGGUCAGGACACACGAUGCACAUCACAGACAAACAACGCUUCCCUGUCUUCUCAAUAGCGGCACUCAAGCAAUUGUCAUCCUCUCCAUCCCGCUCAAGCCGGCAAUCUUUGCAACAUAUUUGCUCCAUGUAUGAUGUUCUUUGCCAUCCACACGCAAUACUCGGUUGCGCCCUCUCCCCUGCCGGACGAAAUAUCACCACCUACAAUCCGUUCGAACUUACGCACGUGCCAGCCGGUUGGUUGGAUUUACAUUAAGACACAUAAUAGUAGUAAACCAUCGCAUGGCAAUAUUGGGCUAAAACCUGACGAAUCCGCUGACCAUAGGCAAUCUACGGCUGGGACAUGCCCAACCGCCACACAAAGCGCCACGCCCAAGAGUUUUCCGACAAAUUAGCUACUCCGCGCGGAAGCUCAACUUAAUGAAGAAGGGAUGAGUGCUCACAACACUCAGCCAUCACUUCAUGUCGCCGACGAAUAGGCCCGAGGUUGGCAACGUCGAAGUGCACGUCUUCGAGCAGGGUCUCUUCACGAUGAGGUUGCCCUUCCCGUUCGCAAGUAGGGAGAGGAAGCGCACGAUGUCAGGUUUUCCGUACUCCGUGAGGAUGGUGGACGCAUGGCGACGAGGGCGCCAUGACCUGGC